CAAAAUUUCAGUUAAUUUGUGAAACUUACAAGGUAAAGAGUGAAGAUGACUUCUAAAAAUUGUACAAAUUGUAUUUGGAAUCAUGAUAAUAUUCUAAGGAACCUGGUGAAUAGCAAUCCAGGUUUCAAUAAUAAUAAUUGGGAUCAACAAAACCACAAUGUUACUGUGCCAAAUUUAGUUACAGCUAUUUCUUCGCUACAAGAAUUCAGCGACAAACUGUCUAGAGGACAAAUAGACAACAUCAUGAAAGACGUGGAGUCUAAAACCAAAGGCAGAGGAAAUAGGGGACGAGCCCGAGGUAUUGUGCCUCAGCAACGUGCCGCAGCUCCAAAACUACUUCGCCCACAACAGGGAGCAUUACCACAACAUACUCCGCCAAUACAACCAGGACUGCCCUGCGUUUGGGAUGCCAGAGUCCCAGGAGCACAACCCCAGCAGCAAGCAGGGUGGGCUGCCAGGCCACCAGCACCCGAAAUUACUCAUCCCACUUCAAUAAGUUUAGGGCGUGGAUCCAGAUUGGGAGGCCCAGAAGGUCAACAAGUCACCAGCGAAGCCAGUAAAGAAGGCAGUGACGUUGACAACAGUCAGACAAGACUAGGAGGAAGUGGCAACGUCAGAGGCUGCACCAACCGAACUGAAAUUAUAAGUACAAAGCCUGUCAACUGUAAAACAAAGAAGGGCAGUGAUGGAACGGUCAUCCAACUUAAGGCUAACUAUUUCCAACUUAUAUCAGCUACAAAAUGGAGCUUGAACCAAUAUCGUGUGGAUUUCAAUCCAUCCAUUGAGGAUACCAGGACAAGGAAGAAAUUAGUUGCAAAUGGUAUCAGACCCUUUAAUGUAACUGGAUAUUUAUUUGAUGGUACGGUUUUGUAUACCCCGAAUCGUCUAUACCCUGAACCAUGUGAAUUUGUGUCGCAAGAUGAGAGGAGUCAGGAAAACAUCAAAGUAGAAAUUCGCUUGGUAGGAGAAGUGCAUUGGGGUGAUUACCACUACCUACAGGUUUUCAAUGUUAUCAUUAGAAAAUGUUUCAAUUACAUGAACUUCCAACUACUUGGAAGAAAUUAUUUCGAUCCAAACCUCAAAGUUUCCAUUCGUGAUCACAAUUUGGAGCUGUGGCCUGGCUUUUUAACUUCGAUGAAACAAUACGAGCAGAAUAUUAUGUUGAAUGUGGAUUUAUCAUUCAAAGUCUUAAGAACGGACACAGUAUAUGAUUUGCUCCUAGAAUGCGGCUCAAAUCAUGAUCCAAGACAGGAGUUCCUUAAACGAGUAAUUGGUUCAAUUGUCCUUACAGAAUAUAACAAUAGAACAUACCGUAUUGAUGAUGUAGUCUUCAACAAAAACCCUGACCACACGUUUACAAAACGUGAUAAUACACAGAUAUCGUUUAGAAAAUAUUUUCAAGAGAGAUAUCAAGUGAAUAUUCAACACAACGAUCAGCCCUUAUUGAUAUCAAAGUCUAAGGCUCGUGAAAUCCGCUCAGGCAUGCCAGAGUUGGUUGUUUUGCUGCCGGAACUUUGCAUCAUGACAGGAUUGUCAGAUAAGCAAAGGGGCAAUUUGCAACUGAUGAGGGCGAUGAGUGAACAUACCAGGGUUAAUGCGGGAGACCGCAUGCGAAAACUCUUGCAAUUUGCUGAGCGUCUUCGAGCCUGUCCUGCUGCUUUAGAAGAAAUUAGACGUUGGGAUCUCAAGCUUGCGGAGAAUUUGAUUGAAUUCCAAGGAAGAGUCUUACCUGCAGAAUCUUUAUUAUUGAGGGAUAAUCAGCCCAUUCAAGGCGGAGAAGAAGUUGAUUGGACCCGGAAUUUGCGAACUGCUCCUAUGUACAAUGUUGUGAACAUUGAUAAACUAGCUAUUAUUGCUCCAAGCCGUGUGGCUCAAGCCGCCCAAGAGUUCGGACAAAUGUUAUCUCAAGCUGGCAAGGGCAUGUCAAUGAUCAUUAAUUCAAAGGUCUUUAUUAUUCCAGAUGACCGCAUCAAUAGCUACCUUUCUGAAAUAGAAAAAGUACAUGCUCAAGUGAAACCUAGUAUGGUCAUGGUAGUUCUCACCAAUAACUCUGGUGAUAGAUACAACGGUAUCAAGAAAAAAUGCUACAUUGACAAUGCCCUGCCUUGCCAGGUUAUACUAGCAAGGAACUUGACCUGCAAGGGUCCCAUGUCGAUUGCUACUAAAGUAGCAAUUCAAAUGAAUUGUAAAAUGGGCGGUGCUCCAUGGGCGAUAAGCUUGCCUAAAAACACUAUGGUGGUUGGCUUUGAUGUAUGUAGGGACACAGCGGAAAGAUCAAAAAGUUUUGCUGGAAUGGUUGCUUCAAUAGACCAAGCUUGCACUCAGUAUUACAGCAUGGUAACCGAACACGAAUUUGAGCAAGAACUGAGCUCAAACAUCGCUAAUUUUAUGCUGUUGGCAUGCAAAAGAUUUCAACAAAUUAACAAGGUGAUUCCUGACAGAAUCGUUGUUUACAGGGAUGGAGUUGGGGAUGGGCAAAUUCAAUACGUCAAAGAAUAUGAAGUUGAAAUGAUCAAGACCAGAUUAGCUGAAGAACUCUAUAAAGAAGUUCCACUGCAGAUGGCAGUCAUCAUUGUAUCCAAGAGGAUAAACACGAAAAUUUUCAGGUCACAGGCGAGCCAAAGGAAUGACUUCAACGUCCCACCUGGUACGGUUGUUGAUGAUGUUAUAACAUGGCCAGAAAGAUAUGACUUCUACAUAGUUUCUCAAUGUGUGCGACAGGGCACGGCUACCCCUACAAGCUACAACGUCAUCGAAGAUACACUAGGAAUUGACGCCAACAAAUUACAGAGAUUCACUUACAAAAUGUGUCAUAUGUACUUUAAUUGGUCUGGAACCGUUAGAGUGCCAGCACCGUGCCAGUAUGCACACAAGUUGUCGUUCCUCACUGCCCAAUCUUUGCAUAGGGCAGCAUCCUCAGCUCUCAGCAAUACCCUUUACUACCUGUGAAAGCAAAAUUCAACAAGCUAUUCUAGUAUUUUGAAGAAAAGUCCUAAUAUUCUUUUGUUCCUUAUAGUUUUGGG